AUGGAGGACAACAUUCAUCGCACACGUGCAGGCGAUCUAUCAAACUUUCGGAAACGAGGAACAGACGUAUCGGAACAUGAUUUGCAGGGAGGAGAAACACCACAUACUAACAUUAGUUCGACAUUUCUAAGAGGAUCUGCAUACUAUACUCCUAUGAACAAUACAGAUGCAAACCGUACAAGGACUGGCAAUGAAUCUGGUGCCCAUGUCGGUGUCGGAAAUCUUUUGGAUGUUUUCAAUGAAGUUGAUGAGCACAUAAUGAUCGAUGACAACACCAAUGAAGUGGAAUACGUAGCAGACCUCUGGGAGGGCUAUAUGUCCUUGGGUCCGCCGUCGAAGGUGUGUGCCGAGUGUCACUCUGUCAUGUGGAACCAAGAGCGUAACAACAAAUCAAAUAUGAAUGCCCGUCCAACCUUUAUGUUGUGUUGCAAAAAUGGGUCUGUCGUCCUCCCCCCCGAGGAUUUUGCCCCUGAGCCCCUGCGCUCACUUCUGUCUACGAGUGAGAAGGCAACACACUUCAAGCAGAACAUCCGUGUGUACAAUAGCAUGUUUGCUAUGUGUUCCAGUGGUGGAAAAGUCGAUCACAAGAUAAACAACGGCCGUGCUCCCUAUUGUUUCAAAAUCAGAGGAACGAAUAUGCAUUUUAUUGGAAGUCUUCUCCCACCGGACGGUCAACAUCCAAAAUUCUGUCAGUUGUACAUAUAUGAUACCGAGAAUGAGGAAGCCAACCGUUUAAAUGCAGUGGGUCAAUCCGAAGACCAAAUUGAUCUUGAUAUUGUGAGGGAACUUACUAAGAUGUUUGAUCAACAUAAUAAGCUGGUCAGGUACUUUCGAACUGCGCGGGAACGUUUCAAAAAUCAGACGAUUGACGAGUUCAAACUCAUUCUUAUAUCAAGUCGAGCUCAAAACGGCCGUCCAAAUGUAAUUGGUCCAUCUAAUGAAAUAGCAGGUUUGAUAGUCAAUCCAAAUGCAGACACAACUGCUGUCCGAGAUACAAUUGUUGAAACACGUCACCAGGGUCUUAAAAGGGUUUACGAAACAGAUGCUUAUUUCAUGCAGCUCCAGUUCCCCAUUCUCUUUCCACUCGGUACAGAUGGCUAUCAUCGAGAAAUUCGCCUGGCCAAGUCCAGACCAUACAGCGCCCAGCCACGGGAACAUGAUGAAGAACAAGGUUUUGAAAAAAGACAGCGGGACUUCGUGACACUCAAAGAAUACUACAGCUCCAAGUUAAUGAUACGUCCAAAUGAAGGUCUGACUCCACACCUCGGAGGUCGUCUCUGGCAACAAUAUGUGGUCGAUGCCUUUACAGCUAUGGAGCAAUACCGGUUGGACUGGAUCUCUAGGAAUCAAACAACCAUCCGUUCUGAUCUGUACAAUUCAGUACGUGAUGCAGUUCGAAGAGGAGACAAUGAUCCUAACCAGGUUGGGAAGUGUGUUGUUCUCCCGGCUUCUUUCACUGGUUCAAAACGUUACAUGUCUCAGUACUUUAAGGACUCUCUGGCAUUGUGCCGCGCCAUAGGCCAUCCUACUCUAUUCCUCACUAUGACAACCAACUCUAAGUGGCCGGAGAUAACCGAAAUGAUGAAACACCUACCUGGUGUUAAUGUAUGUGACGCACCAGACGUAGUAGCACGCGUCUUCAAGAUGAAGCUCGACCAGCUCAUUGAUUUGAUUAAGAAAAAACACUUCUUUGGGAAGUGUAUAGGAUUGAUGCACGUGAUCGAAUUUCAAAAGCGUGGCUUACCACACGCUCACAUGCUAAUUUGGUUACAUCCUAAAGACAAACCGAAUUCCGUUGAAGAGAUAGAUAGGUUGGUUUCUGCUGAGAUACCCGAUCCCUCCACAGACAAGAUUGGAUACGCAGCUGUUAAAAAUUAUAUGAUACAUGGACCCUGCGGCAAAGAUCACUCUUAUUCAGCGUGUAUGGUCAACAACAAGUGUUCGAGGCAUUUCCCGAAGAAGUAUAACGGAAUCACCUGUUUCGAUGAAUGUGGUUUUCCUAUAUAUCGUAGGCGGGACACUGGUAGGACGGUUUUGAGGAAGGGUUCAGUUUUAGACAAUAGAUACGUUGUACCAUUCAAUAGAGAGCUCUUGGUCAAAUUCCAAUGUCACAUUAAUGUUGAAAUAUGCAACAGCUCCCGCUCUUUAAAGUAUCUUUUCAAGUACUGUCUUAAAGGUCAUGACAAUGCAACCAUGUUACUUAAAAAAUCUAAUGCCUCCAUGAUCAGCAAUAAGGACUCUACAAAAGUGAAAGUUCUGGAUGAGGUUAACCAUUAUGUAGAUGGCCGUUACGUUUGUGCAUCCGAAGCUGCGUGGAGGAUACUCGGCUUUGACAUCCAUUCACGGUGGCCCAGCGUUGAUAGACUACCAAUACACAUGCCCGGCAAUAAACAUGUGAGUUUUAAGACAGGCGAGUCUUUAGAAAGUGUUUGUGCAAGAGCUGACACCAAGCGCAGCAAGUUAGAAGCCUGGUUCAUUGCAAACAACGACAUGCCUGCUGCCAGGAACUACACAUAUGCCGAGUUUCCUUCAUUCUUCACAUGGAUUCCCAAAGAAUGCAAGUGGAAGCAGAGGCAGCGUGGUGAAGUUGUCGGGAGGCUGUCCGAAGUUCACGCCACUGCUGGCGAGCUUCUUUACCUUCGAAUGUUGUUAAUGCGACAAAAGGGUGCUACUUCAUUUGAGGAAGUCAGGACAUUUGAAGGUGUAAGGUAUAAUACUUUUAAAGAAGCCUGUUCCGCUAUGGGUCUCCUUCAGAGUGACAAUCAGUGGCACGAUGCAUUGGCAGAAAACUCUCAUUCUCAUAUGCCUAAUCAGUUGCGGGAGAUGUUUGUUAAUAUACUGUGCUACUGUUCGAUCUCUGAUCCGUUGUUAUUGUGGAAUACACACUGGAGAAUACUCUCCGACGACGUCUUAAUGCGCAGGAGGAAAAUAACUCUUAAUAAUGAGUUGUCAUUGUCAGACGAUGAGAUACAAAAUUUUGCUCUUGCAGGUUAG